CAAAAACAAAAACGCGGUUUGUGGGAUCCAAAAAGCAGAGUUGAGAUUCAUAAACCGCGUUUCUUUCAAUUCACCAAAUUCCUCCUUUUCUUUUCUUCUCUUCUUCUCCUUCCUUUUCCUUUAAAACCCAUUUCUUCAAAUCCCCAAUUUCCUUGCAACUUCCUUCUUCUACGAACUUCACCAAUGGAACCCAUCUUCAAUUUUCUGUUAUUGUCUGUUUUAUUCGUUGCUGGUUUCAUCAAUUUCCUCCUCUAUUUCCCCUCAAAAAGAUUCUCCGCUUGGUUCCAAUCUAUAAAACCCUCAUCUCAAAUCACCCAUUUCAAAUCCACUCCACUCCAACCACCGCCACCGCCGUCGCCGUCGCCUUCGCCGUCACCUCCACCACCGUCCGCGAUGGAAAUGAAGAAAGUGUUUGGGACAUUCGACAAGAACGACGAUGGGUUCAUUACAAAGAAGGAGUUAAUGGAGUCGUUGAAGAGUAUGAGGAUGAUGAUAACAGAGAAAGAUGCGGAGGAAAUGUUGAAAGGGGUUGAUGAAAAUGGAGAUGGGUUGAUUGAUUUUGAGGAGUUUUGUGUUUUGGGUGGGAAAUUAAUGAUGGGUUUUGAAGAGAAUAAGAAAACAAGUGUUGAAGAUGAGGAAGAUGAGUUGAAAGAUGCGUUUGGAGUCUUUGAUAAGGAUAGUGAUGGGUUGAUUUCUGUCGAGGAGUUGAGUUUGGUGUUGUGUUCAUUAGGGAUGAAUGAAGGGAAAAUUGUUGAGAAUUGUAAGGAAAUGAUAAGGAAAGUGGAUUUAGAUGGUGAUGGAAUGGUGAAUUUUGAUGAGUUUAAGAAGAUGAUGAGAAAUGGAGUAACUAUUUUGACAUCAUCUUAAUCAGUCUAUACUUUUCUUUUUAUUUUUUUGGGUCUAAUUGUUAGAAGCAUAGGAUUAUGUAGGAAAGAAAGAAAGAAAGAAAAGAUUUGUGGAUUUUGGUUUCUUCUUUUUGUGGGAAUUAGUUUUAUGAAACUGAUUAUAGAAUUUUUCCCACUCUGUCUCUAACUGUCCAUUUUUUUCACUAUUUAUACAAUAUAAGUUUGUGCAUAUGGUUUGAUUUUGGAAA